AUGACGACGACGACGACGAGGGGUACGACGACGACGGGUGAUGUGCCCGAUGAUCCGCAACGACAACCAUUAUUAGUAACAUCACAGAAGAAAAAGAAAGAUGAAGAUUCCAUCUCUUUCGCUGCUGCGUUACGUGAUGGACGAAAAGUGCGAGAGAAACGACGCUUCUUCAUCAUUGUGUUUGCAACCAUCAUCAUCGCGUCGUGUUUCGUCGGGGCGAUUUCAAAAAAGUCGAAACUUUCGUCCUUCUCUUCUCUCGGCGCGAGUCCGUUAACGAUGAGAAACCUCCACGAAAUAUUCAAAGAGUCCAACGCAAAUUCGGGAGAUCCGGUCAUUUCUGCCUUGAAACGAGACAACCUGUUCAACGUGCAAACGUUCCCGGAACGAGCGUCAGAAUACCAAGGGGAUUUACACGACCAAAUUGGCGCAGACGCGAGUUGGUUUCACAAACCAAUAAAAGGGAUAAACGAGGAAAACGAAGGGAAGUUUAAGAUGUGUUUGAUGGGCGGGAUCGAAUCGUGGGACGUCGUGUACGUGGACAACGCGCAGACGCUGACGGAACCCGGGUUGUGCUUCGGGGAGAUUGUGGAUGCGGAUACGGCGAGUAAACCUGGAGGGUUUGCAGAUUGCGACGUGAGAGUGUUUAAUCAAGGCGCGUUUUUGUGGGGGAAUAGGUACAUCGAUCCGAAGACGAAAGGAGACGAAAUCAAAGUGUUCAAACCGCCGCCGAAGGCGAACCCGAACCAGGUGGAUUUUUAUUACGCGCACGAAGCGGCGAACCAUUUCGGGAAAGAGUUGGCCGAUCCGAGAUCGAUCGCGAAUAUGGAUUACAUGGCGACGUUUGCGAUGAAAGAGAACGCGGUGUGGUACGGGUUUGGGCCGUCCGUGGAACAGUUGAUUGGUAACUUUCAAUCGUUUCAGAUUCCGAGGGAGGAGCGAGUGCCGUCGGUGGCGUAUUUAGGAUUGGAUUGUAUGCCGAGCCGAGCGGGCGUUUUGAACGAGAUCAGUAAAGUGUUUCCAGUGUCUAGCAUUGGGGGAUGUGCGAACAACUUUGAGAAACCGGACGGGGAUCCCGGACGAGGCGGGUCGCCCAAGGCGCAAAACGCGUACUUGGCGCCGUUUAUGUUUUACUUCUCCGUGGAAAACGGCAUUCAAUGUCCGGAUUACAUCACCGAGAAAAUGUGGGGAGCGUUAGCGCGAGGGUCCAUUCCGGUCUAUUUUGGUUGGGAUGGCAUCGAAGAGUACAUUCCGAGCAAAGAUGCAAUCAUCGAUUUGAGAGACUACCCGACGCCGGAAAGUUUGGCGGAGAAGUUGCGCCUCGUCGCGACGAACGACGACGCGUACAACCAAAUGCACGCGUGGCGAUACCAAGAUCCAAACUCGUGGCCGUUAGCGUUCAGAAAUUUGGUUCGCGAAGUUUCCGAGGAUAUGAAAGGCUCGUUGUGUAAUGUCUUGAAAGCUGGGCCUUCGCCGAACCAUCCGCGAGCGAAAGUGCAAGGGUACUGCGCGGACGGGUCGCACUCGGUCGAGGAAUUUCACGACGGAACUGGCAUGGAAACCGCGGUUUUGUUUGGGAAGAAAGUUGGUUCGUUCCAAUACUCGUUGACCACGACACCGGGUCACGCAGAUGAAAUUCAUAUUGGCGAGUGGCAACGGUUUAUGGAGAAGACGUGCGACGAGUUGAGCGGGAAAUGUUACCGGUUGAAAGGCGACGAGGCGUUUCAUUUCGUCGAACCCGAACAACAACAACAACAACAACAACAAAUAGAACAACAACAACAACAACAACAAAUAGAAAAAACGGAACACGCAGAAGUACAACCCGAACAACAAAAACAACAACAACAAGGCUUCCAAGGCGACCGCGUCGACGAAGUCAUCUCGGUCGAGCCAGUCUUGGCGAUGGAGGAAGAUUGCGUCCCGGGCGUGCCGACGCCAGGUGUGGACAACUGCCACUCCAAAGAAGAGCAAGUCGGCAACCCAGUCACGGAAGAAGUACAUCCCGCCUUUGCGAACACGAGACCAAACUGCAAUCCGGCGAAGCCGUGCAUCGCGGGCGUUCCUGUAGCUGGCAUUGGAUGCUGCACGGAGGAAGAGCGAGCGAUUCACGUGCGACUCGAUGCGCAUGUAGAACACAGACCGGUGGAAGUGCUCGCCGUACCUGUCGCGAUGCAUCAAGAACAACAACAAGAAGCUGUUGUUGUUCCGCAGCCGGGAUUAGAGGUGCAGAGAGAACAGCAACCGGCGACUGAAGAAGAAGUUCCAAAACCAAAAGUGCUCGCCGUGCCUCUCGAUUGUAAUCCAGAUCCUGCGUGCCAACCGUUGAAGGAAAUAACGCCGGGCGUUAUGGAUUGUUGCGCGAAAACGGUUUCGCUCGAUCGCUUGUUAGCGCAAGAUACGGUCGUUGCCGCUGAAGGUAUCGUUGAACAGCAGCAACAGCAACCUGAAGCGGCAGUAGUCACACCAGAGAUUCUUUCGCCCGAAGUCAAGGAACUCCGAGAGGAACUCCAAGAGGCAAAGGAAGAGCAAGUACAAGAAAUCGAGAAGGAGUUGGAGGAGGCGAAAGAGGAGUUGAAGGAACAAGAAGAGAGUGAUGGGAAUAGUAAUAGUGGAGAUAUCAUUAGCGACGUGGGAGAAGAUACGCCAUCGUUAGCUACGGCGCCGGUCAUCGAAGGAGAACAAGAAGCUCCGAAAGUUGUUGAACUACCUUCGGAAGCGGAUGCCAAGUUUGAAGCGAGAGUUUUUGAAUGGGGUCCCGGUCACGAAGUGGUUCCGAACGACGCUUGA